UUGGCAUGUUUUAUAAUGUUAUUGUACUUCCAGCUGCCAAAAGAAAUUUGGUUUACCUUUCAUUUGUAAUUCAGAUAUGUGAGAUAUGAUCUUCACAAAAUCUGGAUGUAUAUACCUCUAUACAAUAUUGUAAAUAUAUUUUAAUUUUAAUAUGAUAGUAUUCAAUCAAUUCAAGACAUGACUUCGCCGUACUUACGACUCAAAACAUACGCCGACAAAUCUUGGCCGUACGAUGAAUAUUAUUUCGGAGAGAAGGACGAAAGAGAUAGGAAGGGUGGUAAAGGAGAACAUCAUUGGUUUGGAGCUAAGUCUAUAGAAUGGUACAGAGGGUCCUUCCUCUGCGACACCAUGCACGGGCUCGGGGACUACCGCUGGCGAUACUCGGGGUUCGACGGCGUCCACUCCACGUACGAGGGUUACUUCUACAGCAACGAGAUGCACGGCUACGGGACCAUGUCGUACCCUGACGGGAUUGUGUUCACGGGUCUAUAUUCCAACAACAACCGCUACGGCCCCGGUGUGGAGACAAACUUCUCACACGCAGACGUCGGCCUCUGGCGCGGCAUGCGGCUGGUGCGACUGGCGUGGCGGCCCGGCUGCUGCAGCAUCAUACCGGACCUCACCCAAGGCGAACUGGCGCGCAAGUUCGUCGAGCCGCAACGCGUACUGCUAGCGUCAAACUCCAUCACCAUCGGAGAAAUCAACAGCGCGUUAGACUUGCUGAAGCAGAAUGGAUGUGAUCCGCAACAAGCAAUGGAGAAGUGGAUGAAGCUGUAUCCCCAGCACUGCACCGACCAGGCCAGCAAGCUGUGUGACGUCAAGCACUUUCAGAGGGACUAUUACCAGGGAGCCAUCCAAGAGUUGGUUGUUAUUGAUGCCUUGCCUCCACCUAAAGAGAUUGAAAUGAUCCAAGAUCUAGAUCAAACAGUUGUGUCUGACGCCAACUUUUACUACUACGCUUGGAACAACGAAGACUUAAUGAUCGACAUGAUGAAACACUGCUACAAGCACGAGGAACAACGCGUAGGUCAGGAGAUGUCGGUGGUAGACAUGCUCUGCAUCAUGUCUGGACAUCGGAAGGCGUUCAAACCCCCUGGAAAGUAUGAAGUAGAUAGCAGAACAUUAUUAAUGGCUAGCUUUUUGGGAGACAUAGAAACUGUAACCCAACUAAUUAAUGAUGGUGACAUUUGUCCGGGUGUCACCGAUAACAAAGGAAACUCGCCUGUUAUGUACGCUACUUUUGGGGAUCAAACAGAUAUAAUCCAUUUCUUGGUGGAAGCUGGGGCUAAUGUGGAUAGCUACAAUGACUCAUGUUGUACUCCUCUCGGAAUGGCGAUCCUCAGAUACCUUUUUACUGAAAAAGACGUCACUCCAAGUGAAAUGAUACAAGCUCUGAGUCCACCAGUCUCACCUCGCCCUCCAAUAUCUGAUGAGGUAGAAGUAGAUGAAUGGAACAUUAGUCGUGAUGCUAUAUUCCAACAUACAGCAGGGCUUGUCAAAAGUCCUAGUAAAUUGAUAAAAAGUACAAGAAAAUCAGUUCAAUCUUUAAAGGAAGCGCCAAAAAAAAAACAGGAUCAAUCAAUGCUGCAAGGUAUACCAGAAGUAGUUUCAACCGAGUCAAUUUCAGACGACAAACAGGUCUACAAUAGAAUCAAUGUACAAUAUGUUUCUGCAAUAAAUGAUCUUUUUGUGCGUCCAAGUAUAACGAAUGCGGUUACCUACAUAUUUGAGAUUAAUGAUAUGACAAUAGGCAUAGAUAUUGAUGAAGAACUUCCAAAGAAACAAGACAAGACAAAUCUUAAGAAAGCUACAUCCAAAGUUUUAAAACAGACAACAAAACCAAGUAAAGAGGCGAUGUACAGAAGUUCUGAGAAAGAUAUUUCUUCAAUCGACGAAGUUGAUAAACUAAAGACUGAUACUUUGUCAAAAAUAAUGUUUACAAUUCUACAACUGUUAUCGGAUGGAGCCAAUCCAACUUUAGUGAAGACUCCUCAGCCUGCACUUUUAAUGGCUGUUAUUGCGGGUUGUCCGGAUCUUGUACUUGAGUUAGUGCUACAUGGAGCGAAUGUGAAUGAAACAUAUCCACAUAUGUUUGGAUACACUCCUCUCGAUAUAGCUAUAUCCAAACCAUUAUUGACACCAAAUAUUUGGGAUCUAGUUCGAACAUUGCUUGAAUGUGGUAGUGAAACAAAUCAUAGGCUGCAGUUUCUCAAUCAGGAUGAAGAUAUUCCUGGACCUACUUUGUUGCAUGUGAUGCUUGCAAAGAAAACGGAUAUUGAUACGGAAGUCGAGAUACAACAAAAUAUCCUGGAACUUCUGUUACAAUACCGCUGUGACCCUACCGCUCAAUUCAAAGGGCGUUCCGCCGUUGAUAUAGCGAUGUCGAAGGGAGCCUUGUUACAGGACAUCUUCAUCGAGAGCCCCAACACUGACCUGAAUGCUAUCAUUAAUAUGUCCAACCAGACUAUUCUAGUCAAGAUGUUUUCUUUCCCAUUUUUCAAAACUGCAAACCCGACGGAACGACUGCAAACGAUUACUAAUUUACUUCUUUUUGGCGCUGAUCCUUUAAUUGAAUGUCAAGAUAAAGAGGAAAAAUACGAAAAUAUUUUCGUUUAUAUGAAAAAGACUUUAACUGAAUUAGAAACCGCUAGUGCCAAGCCAUCGGUGGCAAUUGGAAAACCAGAUCCGAAGGCCAAACCACAGAAAGAAAAGCCUGAGAAAGCACAAAAAGAGAAGCCAGAUAAGUCACUGAAAGAGAAGCCAGAGAAGUCGGGGAUGCUGAAGACAGGCGCGGACGGGGACUACAAGCAGGCUCAGGAGCUGAUGACGGACUGCGCCAGGAUGCUGUACAUACGGUGGUUGCAAGCUAAGCUUAUGAAGGAACUUGUAUACGUUAUCGACAAAUACCAACAUCGGCAAUGGAACAUGAUACUAAGGGAACAUAAAGAGAGAGACAAAAAAUGCGUAGGCCUGUGGCUGACGCCCGAGCGCUGCCUCGAAAUAUGGGACAUUUUGAAGACCACUCGACGCAAAAUGUACAAAAACAAUCGUGUCUUGAAACAUUUGCUUUGUAUGGUAUUGCUUUAUAACAAGAGGUUUAAAGAUAAUUUUAAGGAAGCGAAGCUUAGUGCUUCAACUAAGAAUGGAAUAGAAGCUGAUGUUGCCAUCAUUUUACGAGAUUAUACUUCAGGCGACAAACUGGAAGGAAAUGUGCCUAUGAAAAGGCCAUAUGUGAAGCCUGAACUUACAUCAAAAGCUGAAAAGUUUAACGUGUGUUUCGAGUGCAUCCUUCCCAAUAAAGAAGAUACAAUUAAAUGCAGAUGGUGCAAGCUAAUCGUAUUCUGUUCCAUGGAGUGCAUGAAGGUGAACAUCGACAGACCGUUCUGUCACCCUUGCAGUGACUACUUGAGAAAUUACUACUUCGCGCCGUCCUCGUCGUCCAAUGAUAAUGAUGAUGAACCGAUAGCUAGCACUAAUAAAGUAUAGUUUUAGAAAC